AUGGCGACAGGUGGCAGAGCAGCGGAGGAUCUGCAGCGGGGCCUUCUGCAGAUGCCGCUCCCCCCGCAGCCUAUAGCCCAGGCUGAGGAAGCCCAGGGCACAGGAGAGAAGAUGGGCUGGGCGCAGGUAGUAAAGAACCUGGCGGAGAAGAAGCACGACUUCCGUGAGCAGUGGCGGGGAGAAGAAAGGGGCAGAGGUGCGGGUGGCAGGCUGGGCAGCCCCGCGGGCCUGGCCGCUCCGAACCCCGGCAACUUCCCACCUGCUGGCCGCGGAGACCCAAGGGGCUGCAGUAGAGACCCUGCGGGCUACGCGGCAGAAGCUUGCAGGAUGAAGGGAGCUGGCGACGCGAAUCAGAGGAAGAUGGCCGAGGUGGCAGCGGCGGCGGCGGCGGCAGCGGCAGCCAUGGCGUCGCCUGCCAGGCCUGGUGCGACCAAAGACGCCACUGCGGAGAGACUGCUGCAGGAUGAGCCUCCAGCCGCCAGGCCGGGUAAGGGCCGCUUCCUUGUGCGCAUCUGUUUCCAGGGAGACCAUAGUGCCUGUCCGACCCGGGAUUUCGUGGUGGGCGCGCUCAUCCUGCGCUCCAUCGGCAUGGAUCCUGGGGACAUCUAUGCUGUCAUCCAGAUCCCUGGCAGCCGCGAGUUCGAUGUGAGCUUCAGAUCUGCAGACAAGCUUGCCCGCUUUCUCCGCAUCUAUGAGGAAAAGCGGGAGCUGGACGACUGCUGGGAGAACUUUGUGGUGUUGGGGCGGAGCAAGCCCGGCUUGAAGACCCUCUUCAUCCUCUUCCAGAAUGAGACCGUGAAUGUGGAGGAUAUCGUGACCUGGCUCAAGCGCCACUGCGAUGUGCUGGCCUUGCCAAUGAAAGUGACUGACAGGUUUGGGAUUUGGACUGGGGAGUACAAGUGCCAGAUUGAGCUGCGCCAGGGGGAGGGCGGAUUGAGGCACCUGCCUGGAGCCUUCUUCUUGGGAACAGAGAGGGGCUACAGUUGGUACAAGGGGCAGCCCAAGACGUGCUUCAAAUGUGGUUCUCAGAACCACAUGACCGGCACCUGCACGCAGGACAGGUGUUUCAGGUGUGGAGAAGAGGGGCACCUGACCCCUUACUGCAGGAAGUUCAUCAUGUGCAACCUCUGUGGCAAGGGAGGACACAUGUAUGCCCAGUGUCCCAAAGCAGCUCACAGUUCCGGGGGAGAUCAUCUCCCUGGCAUGGUGGGGUAUUGAAUGCACUUCUGCCUGCCUGGGUGAACACACAGCCAGCUUACCCUUCUUAAGUGCCAAAACGUUUUUUGUUGUUGUUGUUUGUUUGUUUUUGUUUUUUUUUAAAGAGCAUUUUGUCUCUUUUUGGAAGUAGAUAUUUCUAAAACUUAACAGAGACAUCUCUCUAUGCCUUUUAAAACCACGUGUGCUCCUUUUAAGCUUGUUUGAAAAGGACUAUUCAGAACUGUAGCUUGCAAAUGUUGCCUGCCCCCUUCCCCCCGUUUUUUGCCCGUUUUACAUUAGUUUUGGUACUUUUGUCAAUAACUUUUCCCCCUCUGUAUUUUUACUACCUCCUGCUUCAUCCAUGUCUCAUUAGAAGAUUUUUGCCCUUUGGACUGCCUUGCUCAUGUUUAUGCCUCAGCCCUGUGUACAGGGCCCAAUGCGGGAAUAGGCAUUCAAUCAAGUGUUUAUUGAAUUGAAAAUGUUGUCGACUAGCUCUGUCUAGAGCCUGCCUUGUACAGCUCUCUGCUGGGCUCUUUUCGUUUGCUGCUUCUAUGUGAUAUGAAAAUUUGUGAAAACCGUGUUGCUAGAAGUAUAUAAUCUGAAUAACUUCUCAAAGGUGGCCAAGGGCCUCUCCUAGCAUAAAAACCUAACGACUUGUGACAGCUCCUUUUGGCUCAGAAGCCCUAUUUCUGUAGGAGUGUGGAGCCUAGGCAGUUCCGCUGGGAAAGACCAAAGCGGUGGUUUUUGUUGGAUUUUCUUUGUGGGGGCUUGCUUUUGUUUUGUGUAUUGAUUUGAGACAGGGUCUCACUGUGUAGCCCUGACUGGUUUGGAACUGACUGCAUUCCUGGACCAGGAUGGCUUCAAACUGGACAGUGAUCCUCUCAACUCAGCCUCCCUGAAGGAUGUUUUAAAUUAACCCCUUGUUUUCCAGCAGAUGAAAUGAAUCCGAAGUUAAAUGACUGGGUUAAAGUCCACUGCGGUGUGGUGCUUCAGACUGUCCACAGUAGAGUCCACUGCCCCCAUGCCUGGUGCUCAUCCCACUACCUCUCAUACUUCACAACAGUCUCCUUGACAAUGGUGGGCCAAGGAAGUUUCUCUCCAGGGGGAUGUUCCCAGCAUGAAGCUGAGACACCAUCCCCUGAAAGAGCAGAAAGAGAAGCUUGUCUUGCCACUUCAUAGUAAGGCACCUAGGGAAAGGACCAGUGAACAGACUGCAGGCUGCAUGCAUGCAUCAGUCCUUGGAGUGAGUACCACAUCUUAAAUGUUCCACUGUCACUGUCAGCAUUGAGAAAUGGUUCCCCUCAGGAAAGAAACUUGACAGAUUUUUACAUUUGCACCUCUGCCUCAUCUACUAGGAACCCCAGAGAAGUUAGAGAGAGAGCUCAUCUGAAACUUUGGACCUCUUAAUGCUCAGAAGAAAGGUGGUUUUAACCCAGAAGCAUGAGUGAGCUGUAAACUGGAAAAUGUUCUUGGGGAAACAGGCCAAGGGAGAGGGCCUGGGUCAACUAACUGUUAUCAAGUUAAAGCGAAAGACAGUAAGCUGCUUUUUUCAGUGUUUGUCUUCUCUUGCAGUUUUGCUGUUUUCUUGUGGCUUAGAAUGUAAAACAGAUGUUCAGAUUUGUUCUCAAUAAAUAUUUGUCUUU